AUGGCGUCAGCUUUGUUGAAAAACUCGCUCCAACGUACUGAUAGCACAGGACAACUGAAUGUGUUUAUCUUAUUGAAGAAGAAGGUAAAUAAUGAACUAUUGAUUGUUUCACGAGAAGAUUUGUCACCAACGCUUCGAAAUGGGCGAUUAAUAUUAAACCAAAAAAUAAUUAUUCGAGAUGAACAACGGAACAACAUCGAAGGUGUCAUUGUUUACAUGCAUGUAGAUCGUGACUGUUGUGCCAAUGCUCGAAAAGAAAUGAUGGAUACCAUGACGAAACAAACACAGAAAUCCAGCGGAAAUUCUGGAUCCUCACGUUCGACAACGCCAUUAACAUCGCAAACGGUUGUUCGAUCGACGCCGUUACAGAAAUUUUCAAAGAAGCCAUCAUUACCACGAGUUGAAUCAGCUUGUGGUUGGCGUGAUAAAGACCAACUUUCUGGGAGGCUAGAUCCAAAAUCGACUGGCCCAAUACUUCGUGCUCUCUAAUUUUCCAUACGCUCAACACAAAAGCCAUACAGCACCACUACGACUACCGCUCAGACAUCCGGUAAGGUUUGGACUAAACUACCGUCUGUUCAAAAAGAGAUGGUUGUAGAUAUUUAUACAAUAGCUUAG